AUGGUGGAAGAGAAAAGCGGUCAGCAAGAGCCAUGGUCUCCAACAGCCGACCAGCGAAGCGCGGUCGCGCGAUUCGACAUAAACGAUGACGAAAAGAAAACGAGUGCUGCGGCGCGAAAAUCACCAUGGCGAAAGACCGUUGACUUUCUAACUUGGACACCACCCUGGUGUCGCUGGAACCCGGAGAAACCUCCAGUCUUCUCCGUCUGGCACAAUAUCCUUUUCGCCUUUGCAGGAGCCUUCACCGUGGGCAACCUUUAUUACAACCACCCUAUUCUCAAUGUUCUCGCGGCAGAUUUUGACGUGCCCUACGAGACCGUAGCUCGCAUCCCCACAUUGAUGCAAGCAGGGUAUGCGACAGGAUUGUUACUUGUAUGCCCGUUGGGAGACCUUUUGAAGCGGCGUCCAUUGACACUCGGAUUGAUCUUGUUCACCGCGACACUAUGGAUCGGACUAUGCCUGACGCGCUCAUUUGCCGCCUUUUGCGCCAUCUCGUUCAUAUGUUCCAUCACGACAGUGGUUCCCCAGGUUAUGCUGCCCUUGGUUGCUGAACUGGCUCCGCUGCACAAACGCGCCAUGGCCCUGAGCAUCGUUACUUGCGGGAACCUUUUAGGUAUUGUGGUCGCACGUAUUCUCUCCGGCGUCGUCACCAAUUACACCUCGUGGCGCAAUAUCUACUGGAUUGCCAUGGGUCUUCAGUAUUCUGUCUUCAUCGCACUGUGGCUUUUCAUGCCUGAUUAUCCAUCAUCGAAUCCUGAUGGAAUCAACUACUUCAAAAUGAUUGCCGGCAUCAUGCUGCUGUACAAGAAGCACGCCAUUCUCGUCCAGGCAGGCUUGAUCAGUUAUUGCGUCUCUGCUUGCUUCACGAGCUACUGGACGACACUGACCUUCUUGCUUGCCGAUCUUCCUUACAGCUAUACACCCGUCAUCAUCGGACUGUUCGGUCUCAUUGGCGUUGCUGGCAUCGGUUUGGGACCAUUGUAUGCGAAGUUCCUCAUCCAGCCGUUUGCGCCAAUGUUCAGCUGUCUGUUCGGUCUUCUGGCCAACAUAAUCGGGGUCACAGUGGGAACCUACACCGGGGAGUUCACAGUCGCAGGUCCGAUCAUCGAAGCGUUCGCCCUCGAUAUGGGCUUGCAAAUUACUCAAGUCUCGAACCGGGCCGCUAUUGCUGCAAUCGAGCCCAAAGCUCGAAAUCGAGUCAAUACUGCAUUCAUGCUCUGCACCUUCACCGGCCAGUUGACUGGUACCAGUGCGGGCGCCAAGUUGUAUACCAGGGGAGGUUGGGUGGUGAGUGGCAGUCUCAGUGUCGCUUUCAUUGGACUUUCAUUUCUGGUAUGUCUGGCCAGAGGACCGUAUGAAAAGGGCUGGAUCGGAUGGAGUGGUGGUUGGGAUGUGAGGAAGAAGACCCUCGCAGAGGCGACGAGUGGGCCGGUACCAGUUGCGGUGGCUGAGCCAAGAAGUGACGAAGAAAAGUAA